AUGGAAAAUUAUUAUUUGCCGUUUGGCAUUCCUAGACAUAUCAUUACUGACAAUGGUCGCCAGUUUUUCGAUCAGAAAUUUAAAUCUUUUUUGCAGAACCUUAAAAUCACACAUCACUUCGCCUCCGUUGAACAUCCUCAAACAAACAGAUUGGCAGAAGCAGCAAAUAAGGUGAUAUUGCACGCACUAAAGAAAAUGUUAGAUGACGCUAAAGGACUUUGGGCCGAGCUUAUACCGAAAAUCCUUUGGGGAUAUAAUACCACACCACAAUCAUCAACAAAAGAGACCCCAUUCCGACUUGUGUAUGGCUCUGAGGCCAUGAUACCAUUGGAGAUUUCGCAAAAUUCCAUCAGAACUCAAGUCACUGACCACGACGAAGCUCAGCGAGCCGAGUUAGAUAUCAUCGAGAAAAUAAGGGAUAUUACAACACUCCGACAACGCGCAGCACAACAAGUCAUAGCUCGGCGACAUAAUAAGUCGGUCAAAAUCCACUCAUUCAGAAAGGAGACUUAG